ACAAGUUAUCUCGAAGUCAACGCAUCACUUCCUACUGACAACUUCCGGUUCCGAUACAGCAUGUGCGUUCCAAGUGUAGUGUGAUUCUGAGUGGCUUCAGUACAGCAGAAAACUUAUCAAGAUGGGGAAAAUGAGAAAACGGCAUAACUGGAAAGCAAGACAGCAGGUGAAGAGUACAGAAGAAGAGGCUUCAGGAGACCAGGAACAUCUGCAGCUGGAACUGGAAGGUUCGGAACAGUUAAAAGGUGUAGAUGAGAGCAAUGCUCUAGUUUUACCAGGCAAGAAAUCCAAAAGGAAAAAAAUUAAUGAGAGUGGCCCCACAAAAAAGCCAUUAAGUCGAAAACAGAAGAAGGUGUUACAGAAAGUUCUGGAGCAAAAGGAAAAGAAAAGCAAGAGAGCAGAACUGCUUAGUAAACUGGUUGAGUCUCAGGCAUCAGAGAAGGAGUUAAACUUAUUAUAUACCACAUCCAAACUGGGUACAGGAGAUCGUUUGUUCAGUGCCAAGCGUGCAAUAGAAGAAGCAGAUUCUUCAUUGCAGGGACGAAUCAGUAGCAUUGGUGGGGCCAACAAAAAAAGAAAAUCUGAAGAAGAGGAUGUAGCUGAAGAAAGUGAUACAACUUCUGAAAGCUCUGGGGAAGAUGAAGAUCCAACUGAGAGAGAGCAGGAAAAGGAUGGGGAAAAUGACCACACUGCAAGCUGUAGUGUCCCAUGUACUUCAGAAAGACCACACGCUAAACCCACUCCGAAACCUCCUAAUGAUACACCCCCAAAGAAACCUUCAGAAAUUCCUUCAUCACAGCCUGCAAUAUUCAUACCAGUGGACAGAUCUCCUGACAUUCAGGAGGCCAGAUUAAAGCUUCCAAUCCUGGCUGAAGAGCAGGUAAUCAUGGAAGCAAUAAAAGAGAACCCAGUGGUGGUUUUAUGUGGAGAGACUGGCAGUGGAAAAACCACCCAGGUGCCGCAGUUCCUGUAUGAAGCAGGAUAUGGAAGUGAAAAUGACGUUAUUGGUAUUACCGAACCCCGGCGUGUAGCAGCAAUCGCUAUGUCACAGAGAGUAGCCUUGGAAAUGAAUUUGCCUCAGAGUGUAAUCUCAUAUCAGAUUCGAUAUGAAGGAAACGUGUCUAAUGAAACGAAAACAAAAUUUAUGACAGAUGGUGUCCUGCUAAAAGAAAUUCAGAAGGACUUUUUACUAACCAGGUACAGAGUAGUAAUAAUUGAUGAAGCUCACGAAAGAAGUGUCUACACGGAUAUUCUGAUUGGGCUGUUAUCUCGUAUUGUACCGCUAAGGGCAAAGAAGGGGAGCCCUUUAAAGUUAAUUAUCAUGUCUGCUACAUUACGUAUUGAGGACUUCACAGAAAACAAAAGGCUUUUCCCUGUUCCACCUCCUGUGAUCAAGGUGGAUGCAAGGCAGUUUCCAGUUACUGUUCAUUUUAACAAACGCACCCCAUUGGAAGACUAUGCAGGGGAAUGUUACAGAAAGGUCUGCAAAAUCCACAGGAUGUUACCUGCAGGGGGAAUUCUCAUUUUCCUAACUGGGCAAGCAGAGGUGCAUUCUCUGUGCAGAAGGUUAAGAAAAACCUUUCCAUUCUGUGGCAGAAAUUACCAUAAUGCAACAGAGGAUGAGGAUUCACAGGAAGCCGUGAGAAGAUUCAAAAAGUCCAGACCAAAGAAAACCAUGAAUUUGCCCAAAAUUGAUUUGGCUAGCUAUUCUGCCCAGCCACUGGAUGAAGGCGAUGAAGACAGGGAGGCUGCUGAUGAUGAAGAGGAUGGCAGUGGAUCUGACCUUGACAUUGACUUAGGAGAUGAAGGAGCAGAGGAAGAUGAGAAAGCAGACUCAUCUCUCCCACUCUUCGUGCUGCCUCUCUACUCCUUGCUGGCCCCUGAGAAACAGGCCAAGGUCUUUCGCCCCCCUCCACCUGGUACAAGGUUAUGUGUUGUGGCCACCAAUGUGGCUGAAACCUCCCUUACCAUCCCUGGUAUAAAGUAUGUGGUGGACUGUGGGAAAGUAAAGAAGCGUUAUUAUGACAAGGUUACUGGUGUGUCCUCAUUCAGAGUCGACUGGACUUCCCAAGCCUCAGCCAAUCAGAGAGCAGGAAGAGCUGGCCGUACUGAACCAGGUCACUGCUAUAGACUUUACUCAUCUGCAGUUUUUGCUGAUUUUGAACAGUUCUCUCCUCCCGAAAUAACACGACGUCCUGUGGAAGACCUCGUCCUCCAGAUGAAAGAUCUAAACAUAGAAAAGGUUGUGAACUUUCCAUUUCCUACACCACCCUCUGCUGAUGCCCUUAUAGCUGCUGAGGAAUUACUGAUAUCUCUGGGAGCCUUACAAGAGCCUCCAAAAACUGGCAGACUGAAUGAUCUUCAGAAAGCAAAACUGAGCAGCCCCAUCACCCCCCUAGGAAAGACAAUGGCAUCCUUCCCUGUUGCACCACGAUAUGCAAAAAUGCUUGCCCUGGGCAGACAGCAUGAGUGCCUGCCAUAUGUUAUCACAAUUGUGGCAGCAAUGACAGUAAGAGAGUUGUUUGAAGAGGUUGACAGGCCUGCUGUUAGCGAUGAAGAAAAAGAAUUGCUAAAAGGAAAGAAGGCCAGGGUCCUGCAGAUGCAGAGGAUUUGGGCUGGACAAGGUUCUGCACAAAAACUGGGGGACCUCAUGGUAAUGUUAGGUGCUGUGGGUGCCUGUGAAUAUUCUGGACUAGAACCUAAAUUUUGUGAGCGCAAUGGCCUUCGGUUCAAAGCCAUGCUGGAAAUUAGGCGCUUAAGAGGACAGCUGACUACCACAGUCAACUCACUGUGUCCUGACACCCACCUUUAUCUGGAUUCGAAAAUGAAUCCCCCCACAGAGAGCCAGGUUACCUAUUUAAGGCAAAUAGUGAUGUCUGGUUUGGGGGAUCAUAUUGCCAGGAGGAUUCGUCAAGAAGAACUUUUGGAUGAGAAGUGGAGAAAUGCCUACAAGACACCCCUUCUGGAGGAACCGGUUUUUAUUCACCCAAACUCUGCCCUCUUCCGGCAGCUACCAGAUUUUGUUGUUUAUCAAGAAAUUAUGGAAACAACAAAAAUGUACAUGAAAGGUGUAUCAGCCAUUGAAGCAGAAUGGAUUCCUAUACUCCUUCCUCAGUACUGCCAUUUUGGUAACCCCUUAGAAGAUCCACCUCCAUUUUACUGCUCAGAAACUGGGCGCGUAAAGUGUCACCGACCAAGCACUUUCUACAGAGUUGGGUGGCAGCUCCCUGCUGUUGUGGCGGACUACCCAGAAGGUCUAGAACGUUACAAGUACUUUGCCAUGUUUUUACUAGAAGGAAAGGUGGUCGAAAAAUUAGGUUCUUACAGAAGUGUUUUACUGUCAACUCCAAUAACAAUGCUAAAGACUUGGGCCAAACUACAGCCAAGAACAGAAAUCCUUCUGAAAGCUUUGGUUUCUGAGAAUGCAGACUGUCAGAGUGCUUUGCUUGCUGCCUGGAAGAAGAACCCUAAGUAUUUGUUGUCUGCAUUUUGCCAGUGGACACCAGAAGCUAUUCAUGAGGACAUUGCCAAAGCUUGGCCACCCAUACAGCAAGAUGUAGAUUAAGCACUGUGGUUUUAUGGAUGUGUCUUGGGUUAUUUACUUACAGUGAUAAGUACAGCUGUAGCCAGCACCUGGCACUGUGGGCAAUAGAAAGAGACAGUUUCACAGCCAACUCUUUUUAAAUAGAGGAAACUGAGACUACAUUAGUACAAUGUAUACACUUUACAGUAUUUUUAAUUUUUUUUCUUUGCAAAAAGUGUUUUUUAUUAUCCAGACUGUGUGGGCCCCAUUUGCAGUUUAAUAUAUUUGUCAAGUCACCCUUUUGGCUCCCAGCAACAGUUCCAGUUACACAACUGUAUGAAAAUUUGACCUGUAAAAAUAAAUAUUGUCAACUGAGAGCUGGGUGCAUUACCGACUUUUUACCGAUUUUCCAGCUCUGUCUUAUACAUAUUGUAAUAUAUGUAAAUAAAACUUGUGUAAUGUCUGAACUUA